ACAUCAUUUGCAGCCGCGCGCAUCGCGGCUGCAAAUAUAGCCAAGCUUCAUCUUCGCGCGUGUGCGUAUCUCACGCACGUCGCGGUUCUAUAGGUGCGCAUUGACCGCCGCGCGCGAUUUUUGCGCGGUGUAUUUUCGGCGUGGAGAUGGAGCCAGAGCGCGUGGAGAUGGGGCUGGGGUAUCUCGCACCUGCUCCACUCCGACCGGGCGCCUGUCUCCUCGCGACCACCUCGAGCCGCGAGAGCGCGAUGCCGAUAAAUAUUAAUAGGAGAAUGUGAAGAAUAGCGAUUAAUGAAUAUUGAAUGUAAAUCCAGACUCGCACGUCGUCCCGACGCCGUCUCUGUUCGUCCGGUCCGAAGAUCGUGGCGUCGUGAAUCACAUUGUACACUGCAGACCUCAAGUGUGCGACGGGCACAAAGGUCUUAGUUCGAGAGUGCGACGAGUCGUUUCAGAGAUCAUCCGAGAAAUUCGCGGCUCCAAGGUCUGGUUAAAUGGAGAACGGAAGUUUACCUUCGAUAGGCGCGCUUAUGAAUAUUCCGAAUCAAUUCUCGUGGCUUCGCCAAGCUCGAGAGCCACUCAUUCUGAAAACCUGUGUUCGAUCUAAACGACCUGUUUACGCAUCUCGAGAUGAAUGUUAAAAGACGUACAUAUUUACGCAUAUUUCGCGACAGUAGGACCCAGUGAUAAAUGAUUUGAUGUAAAAAUGAUGAGAUCAAUCGGAAAUCAAUUUUUACAUCGAUUUAAGCAAUAUUUUAUGUCAAAAUAAUGUGUGCUUGCUACUUUAGAUAAUGCAAUUUUGAAAUAUAAUAAAUACAAUUUUUUAAGAAGUCAACAAUUAACAUUUAUGCUAUAAAAAAUGGCCUUAUCUAAAGUAGCAAGCACACAUCAUUUUGACAUUGAAAAUUGCCUAAAUUAACUGAUAUGAAUGACGUUAAUUGACCAAACACAAUACUGAAUUUGAAAAGUUUUGUAUGAAGCAAAUCGAGGCAACUGUUCGAUGUUGCUCUAGUCGUUCGGAGUAAUCGAAGCGAAACGGAACGAAAAUGGCAGACAACAUUGCAGUAGCUAGUGCCAGUUUUAUCGUUUUAUAUAAUUUAUUAAAGAAAAAGAAAAAGACGAGAAAGCAAAGGCGUUGGUGGUCAACGCAAUUGUACUUGACUAGAAGACGAGUAAAUAAUAUUAACAUCUUUUUAUGGAAUGAUUCGUUGGCUGACAAAGAAAGUGACCAAUUCAAAAAUUUUCCUAGAAUGUCGGAAGAAGAUUUUAUUAAGAUUUUUUUUAAUUCCAUCAAAGAAAAAAUAUCAAAAAAUGAUACUACUUUUCGAAAAGCAGUGCCGGUUGAGGAAAGAUUAGCUGUAACUUUGCGAUAUCUUACAACUGGUGAUUCCUUCACUAGUUUACAAUACCUGUUUAAAAUAUCAAAACAAUUAAUAUCGCAAAUAGUACCGGAAGUAUGCCAAGCAAUAAUUGAUUGUCUCAUCAGUUACGAGAAGAUGCCGUUAACUCCCGACGAAUGGAAGAAAAUUGCUAAAGAAUUUGAGGAAACAUGGAAUUUUCCACACUGUAUAGGAGCUGUCGGAAAGCUCUCGAGGUCAAACCAAUGGCACCAUCUUAUAGCCCCCUUGAAACCAUACAACUUUCGUCUGAAACAUUUUCCUCCAAAAUUCUUCAUUUCCAAGAUAUACGUCUGUUACACUUUAAUUGACUCACCCUGUAUAUCAUGUGUCGGUUGCCCAAAAGAAGACACUCGAAAAGGCACUCGUGGAAGAGACCCGUGACACUCUUGUAUAUAAUAAAAUAUCUUACCCUAACUUUCGAUGUUUCUCAAUCAA